AUGCAUGUCUUUCGCUUCACCUUCACCGUGACUGCAAAGUGCCUGUUCCUCGUCGCCCUGUUUGCCCAGCCAGUUUGCUUGCUGCCGCCCCAAAUUCCCUUUUCACUUCUUCUAGAAGACAGGUUUGUGGCAAAGAACGGACAUGUGCUGCAAUCGUGUUGCACAGGCUUCCAUGUCUCAGCCAGAUGCUUACCGCCUGUGAUCGACUCAGCAGGUCGGUUGUCUCAUCGUGUCCUCCGUACAACCCAGCACCGAGAAACUGGGCACGGGUGGCUGCCGAGAAGGCUUGGUUUCGCUGGCAUCAAUUCAAGCAGGCCAGCAUGCUUGAAUGUGUGA